AUGAACGCGACACCCGCCGGCCAGUGGUCAAACUACGCCACAUACGCUAUCCUUCGAAUAUGUUGCGAGCGUCGAGGAUUACAGGUGCUCCCGGUCGAGGUCACGAACCAGAUUCACGACAUCAACAACUCGCGACCAGACAGACAGCAGCUUCCCACCAUCACCCACGCAGGAGCACCUCCAGUGCCAAUCGGCUCGAGAGGUGAUCCUUACAAGCCUCCGCCUGGAGACACCUUCACCAAGAAGUUGCCCAUCGAGAUUCGCAAACAGAUACUUACGGCCUGGCUCCCAGCUAAGGAUGUUGCCGUCAAGCCGCUAUGUAGCUCAGACCCACCCCUGUCCAAAGACGCGAAGCGCAAAGCCAAGCGCAACAAGACGAGCGACAUGAUGACGGUAUGCAAGAAGAUCAAGGAUGAGAUGGUAACAUGCUGCUAUGAGGAACGCACAUUCGCUAUUCAUGUUCACGAAGGCCUCAACACGGGCGGAGUAGAGGCAUUUGAUGCUGGACGUCAACCUCUUCAGUACCAUUCGAAUUCACACGUCGACGAUCGCUUCCCUCGAUUUGGCGACGAGGAUGAGUUCGGAUUCAAGAAGCUUAAGAAGAUUGAGAUCACCUUCUUCCCAACAGCAGAGGACACUCACUUCACGACCAUCAACACAUACUACAUGUGCAAGGCACUGGCUGGUCUUCUCGAGCGAAGUGGUGGGAAGGAGGAUCGCAUUGUAUCGAUCAUGUUCAAAUUCGCCAAGGGACAAUCGACAACAGACAAUAGUGACCGACGCAGUAUCAUCGCAAGAGAAACCCGUUGGUGGGACUCUGAUAACGACAAGCCACGCUCGACAGCACUCGGACACAUGAGCGACAUCGAGCUUGUCUUGCGGCCGUUCUCCAUCUUCGACAACAUACACAACGUCGAUGUCGAGCUUCCGCCUGGAGCGGAUUCCCACCCCGAUACCAUGCAGUUCGUUUUGACUCUGAUCAACAGGAUGACGGGAAGUACAUUGUUGGGAGACUCUUCUGAUACCUUUGGCAUCCACGACCAUGCGGAAGCGUACAUGGAAUGCAAGCGGGAGCAGCUCCAGACCGAGAUUUUCGAGCAGAAGCACGGCAACAAAGCGAACAGAGUGCCCGACAUCAGUGAGAAGGAGUUCACAGAAGACGAUGGCCUCGAGGAUGACAAUAGCCUCGAGGAUGACGAGGAGCUACCGAGCAGACCUGCACGCAAAGUACGCGGGACCUCGGAGAAUAGAUGGCCGAUGCCUCAGCUUGGAAACUCUCUGCAUGGCGAUAGCGACGAAGAGGGUCUCAUGAUGAGUGCCUAUUCAGGAUGGGACUCAUGGAAGCCGCGAACAGCAACGACAAGGCUGCCAAUCAAGCGGAAGAGGAGAGUCGUGUCAGAAGGUGGGCGUCAUCUUGGCUCCUCCACUGGCUCCACCACGUUGCGCGAUGCUGGGCGGUUACCGCUUUUCGGCUUUGGCAUGAACGAGAUCACAUCAUUGCCCGCGCUUGACGGUUCAGCCUCCGAGGGAAAUGCAUGGCAGAGUAUACCACCAAGCUACUUCAUGGGCGCGGUUGCCUCGGCGUCCACGACACCAAAUGCUGCGACGAAUCGCCCCCGCAAGCUUCGAGGUGAGAGGCCGGCUCAAAGUCGCCAACCUCCGUCUGCAGGUAUGUCGGUGGAGCGAGCGCAAGGCGUGGCUACAACCAUGGAUGAGCAGCUUGCAGCGAUGAACCAGUUUCGUAAGGAUACUGGCGUCGGAACGGAACUUGCUCGGGGCUGGCUCAAGAGUGCUGGAUGGUCUCUGACAGAGGCGCUUGCCCGACACAAGGCUGAACAAGCACUCUCAUCGAACCUUUCCACACACUCUCGUGGCUCGACGUCGUCGGUAGAGGGGGCACCGUCUCGCUACUGCGACGAUGCCCAGGCCGAGCAAGCUUCGAGCGAGGACACAGUUAUGGCUGAUGCAGCUUCUGCCAUGCCAGAAGACGCGGUACUACACCAGCCUCGUCCAGGAUCGUCGUCUUCUCAGGAAGCAGCGUCGGCAGCCGGUCCUUCGCAAGCUGUGCGCACUGUAGAGGCUGCUGACGGGAAAGACAGCAUGGAAGGCAUCGAGAGCGUAGGCGGAGCACUGGACGAGGGAUCGACACCCAAUAUGGCCCUCUAG